GCAUACAAGAAGCCGCCUCUGUUUUUCUCUGUCUCUCAAAAAAAUCAAAAACAAAAUAAAAUAAAAUGCAGAGCAACGCAUUUCUCCUCUCUCCUCCCCAUUGCUCCUCCUCCUCUUCAUCAACAUGGUAUCUUAGACACACAGAUUUCAUACAUCGAUACCCUAAUUUUAGAUUGAAUUCAUUUCUGCUCAAAAGAAAAUCCAUUAAUGGAGUUUCUAUUCCUCCAUCAUCUACUACUUCCCUUCCAUAUUCGUCAUUAUCUACGUAUUCUAAUUCUUGUAAAUGGAAUACUAAUACAUCUAAAUCUGGUAGACAUUUUAGAUGUAAUGACGCAAUUAAAAGUAUACAUGAAACGUCACCGUCAUCAUCAUCGUCUAGUAAUAGUUUGAGUCAGAGAUUGGAGCUUGGAGUAUUAUUUUGUUUAUGGUAUGUUUCAAAUAUCUACUUCAGCAUUUUUAAUAAACAGGUGUUGAAGGUUUAUCCCUACCCAGUAACCAUUUCAUUAAUUCAGUUCGCUAUAGGCACGCUUCUUAUUCUAAUCAUGUGGUCGUUUAAUCUGUACAAAAGACCUAACAUCACUAAAUCACAGCUUGUGGCAAUUGUGCCAUUGGCGAUAGUGCACACAAUGGGAAACCUUUGUACAAAUAUGAGUCUUGGGAAGGUGUCCGUUUCUUUCACGCAUACAGUUAAAGCUUUGGAGCCUUUCUUCUCAGUUAUCAUCUCAGCGUUAUUCCUAGGAGAGGUUCCAACAAUUUGGGUACUUUCAUCCCUUGUUCCAGUUGUUGGUGGAGUAGCAAUGGCUUCACUUACUGAAGCCUCAUUCGAUUGGGUUGGGUUUUGGAGUGCAAUGGGAUCCAACUUGGCUAAUCAAUCACUUAAUGUAUUCAGCAAGCAAUUCAUGGUUAAGAAAGAGGAAUCUCUGGACAACAUAACUCUUUUCUCUAUGAUAACAAUCUUAUCCUUUGCACUGAAUGUCCCCCUGACGCUUUGCAUGGAAGGUGUUAAGUUUUCUCCUUCAUUCCUGCAGUCUGCUGGCUUAGAUGUUCGAGAACUAUGUGUGAGGACUCUUCUAUCUGGGCUUUGUUUCCAGGCUCAUCAACAGGAACUGGGAUUGCUCUUGCUGGAGUCUUCCUUUAUUCAAGAGUGAAGCAGAUUAAUAAGCCAAGGAGAAGUGAAUAACAAUUUUGACUCUUGUUGAGUUUAUUGGAAAAACUCAAUGUAAUUCACAUGAUGAGUGAACCAAAUUAUAUGUUAAACAUAGAUUUAGGGCAAUUUUGAGGAUAAGAUCACACUCACAGUCAUCUCUUCAUCAAUUCUUUAUUGAGACGGGCAAGAGUUCUAAUAUUUUCUCAGCCCAUGAGCUGUUUUGACAGUUUUCCCUUUGCCAAACUUUUGUCAUUGGCUUCAGAUUACUUUGUUUGAUCAUGUCGGUUUGGUAUUUUUGAAUAAAUGCAAAUAUGUACCAUCAAACAUAAAGUAUCAAGUAUCCUUCUCCAUAGAUCAUUUAUGUUGGA